AUGGGCUUCUCCGCCCUAGUCGCCAGCGCCCUGUGCACCUUCCUGCUACCCCUGCUACUCUUUCUGGCUGCCGUCAAGCUAUGGGACCUGUACUGCGUGAGCAGCCGCGACCCCAGCUGCCCGCUCCCGCUGCCCCCGGGCACCAUGGGGCUCCCCUUCUUCGGGGAGACGCUGCAGCUGGUGCUGCAGGUAAGGCGAGGCGACGGCGCGGGGAGUGAAGAGGCUCCCGUUUGGAGCCGCAGCUGCUCUGGCUGCAGGGGAGGGAGAUGA